AUGGAGGAUUGCGGUGGAGAGAAGCAGUUGGGGAAUGGCGGAUUGAAUGGCGAUAUUAGUAAAGAUGAGUCUAUUUCAAAUUUCAAUUUCAAUUCAAAUUUAGAUUUGGAUCAUGAUAAAGAGCAUGUUCAAGUUGUUAGGGAUAAGGUGGGUACGGAGAAUGAAGAAGGGGAGGGUGUUUGGGUUGGUAGUAAUGUUCUAUAUGUCGCUAAUAACUACUUGGAGGAAAACCAAGAGGGGGGAGCUUCGAAUGAGGAGAGGGGUGCUCUGGUUAAGGAUCAAGGAGAAGGAGAUGAUUGGUAUUUCACAGGGGUGUAUGGGCAUCUUGAUGCAAGCAAAAGGCAGCUUGUUUGGGGUUUGCUUCUUAAUUUGAAGCCAAUGGAUCAUUUGGCUUGGAUGAGAAGGAAACAUAAUAAGUUAUGCAGUGUCAAAGAUGCAGUCGGGGUUAUUAGAGAAGGUGACAAGGCCAUUGCUAGUGCGUUUAUGGAUCAUUUUCAAAGCAUCUAUUCUUCUUCAAAUCCAAGUGGUCAGGAAUUAGAAAGGUGUUUUCAGACAAUGGAGAGAAAAGUGACAGAUGGUCCGGAUGGUUUUGGAACUGGUUUCUACCAAGAACAUUGGAGUGCAGUGCGGGGAAAGGCAAGUUUAGCAAUUCUUGACCUUUUAAGUGGGGGUAACAUGCCUGAAAAUGUUAACCAUACUUUGAUUGCUUUAAUACUAAAGAACAAUAAUCCUACUAUUGUUCAUGAGUAUCGACCUUUGCUUUAUGUAAUGUCUUCUAUAAGAUCAUUGCUAAAACUUUAG